UCCUCGGUCGGCGACGGCGCUGCGUCACUGGCUUUCGGGCGCUUCGCUCGCUCCUGGAGACGGAGACCGCUGUGGGCCUCGGCUCUGGCCUCCCGCGCCUUGGGAGUUAGGUCGCUGGCGCGAUGAGGCGCAGCAAGGCCGACGUGGAGCGGUACAUCGCCUCGGUGCAGAGCUCUGUCCCGUCGCCCCGAGAGAAGUCAAUGAAGGGAUUCUAUUUUGCAAAGUUGUACUAUGAAGUAAAAGAAUACGAUCUUGCUAAAAAAUAUAUAUCUACAUAUAUUAAUGUGCAAGAAAGGGAUCCCAAAGCUCACAGAUUUCUUGGUCUUCUUUAUGAAGUUGAGGAAAAUAUAGACAAGGCUGUUGAAUGUUAUAAGCGUUCAGUGGAAUUAAACCCAACACAAAAAGAUCUUGUGUUGAAGAUUGCAGAAUUGCUUUGUAAAAAUGAUGUUACUGAUGGAAGAGCAAAAUAUUGGGUUGAAAGAGCAGCUAAACUUUUCCCAGGAAGUCCUGCAAUUUAUAAACUAAAGGAACAGCUUUUAGAUUGCAAAGGUGAAGAUGGAUGGAAUAAACUUUUUGAUUUGAUUCAGUCAGAACUUUAUGCAAGACCUGAUGAUGUCUAUGUAAACAUCCGACUAGUAGAGCUAUAUCGCUCAAAUAAAAGAUUGAAGGAUGCUGUGGCCCACUGCCAUGAGGCAGAGAAAAACAUAACUUUGCGUUCAAGUUUACAAUGGAAUUCAUGUGUUGUACAGACCCUUAAGGAAUAUAUGGAAUCUUCACAGUGUUUGGAGUCUGAUAAAAGUAGCUGGCAAAGUGCCAAUAAAGAUCUACUUCUGGCCUAUGCUAACCUUAUGCUUCUUACGCUCUCUACCAGAGAUGUGCAAGAAAGUAGAGAAUUAUUGGAAAGUUUUGAUAGUGCUCUUCAGUCUGUGAAAUCUUGUGUGGGUGGAAAUGAUGAACUCUCAACUACUUUCUUAGAAGUAAAAGGGCAUUUCUACAUGCAUGCUGGUUCUCUGCUUUUGAAGAUGGGUCAGCAUAGUGAUCUGCAAUGGCGAGCUCUCUCUGAACUGGCUGCAUUGUGCUAUCUUAUAGCGUUUCAGGUUCCAAGACCAAAGAUUAAAUUAAUAAAAGGAGAAGUUGGACAAAAUCUACUGGAAAUGAUGGCCUAUGAUCGUCUGAGCCAGUCAGGACACAUGCUGCUAAACUUAAGUCGUGACAAGCAAGAUUUUUUAAAAGAGGUUGUAGAAUCCUUUGCCAAUAAAAGUGGGCAGUCUGCUUUGUAUGAUGCUCUGUUUUGUAAUCAGUCACCUAAGGAUAGAUCUUUCCUUGGUAAAGAUGAUAUUGGAAACAUUGCUGUGCAAGCACCAGAGCCUGAUGAUUUGGCUAGAUAUGAUGUUGGUGCCAUUAGAGCACAUAAUGGUAGUCUUCAGCACCUUACCUGGCUUGGCUUACAGUGGAAUUCACUGCCCACCUUACCUGCAAUUCGAAAAUGGCUAAAGCAGCUGUUUCAUCAUUUGCCCCAGGAAACUUCAAGGCUUGAAACAAAUGCACCCGAAUCAAUAUGUGUUUUAGAUCUUGAAGUAUUUCUACUUGGGGUGAUAUAUACCAGCCACUUACAAAUAAAGGAGAAGUAUAAUUCUCACCAUAGCUUCUAUCAGCCUCUAUGCUUGCCACUUCCUGUGUGUAAGCAGCUUUGUACAGAAAGACAAAAAUGUUGGUGGGAUGCAGUUUGUAAUCUAAUUCACAGAAAAGCAAUACCUGGAACCUCAGCAAAAUUGCGACUUGUUGUUCAGCAUGACAUAAACACUCUAAGGGGCCAGGAAAAACAUGGCCUUCAGCCUGCCCUGCUUAUACAUUGGGCAAGAUGCCUUCAGAAAACGGGCAGUGGUCUUAAUUCUUUUUAUGAUCAACGGGAAUACAUAGGCAGAAGUGUUCAUUAUUGGAAGAAGGUUUUGCCAAUGUUGAAGACAAUCAAAAAGAAGAGCAGUAUUCCUGAACCUACAGACCCUUUGUUUAGACAUUUUCAUAGUGCAGACAUUCAGGCAUCUGAAGUUGGUGAAUACGAGGAAGAAGCAAACAUAACAUUUGCUAUAUUGGAUGUAGUUAAUGGAAAUAUAGAAGAUGCUAUCACUGCUUUUGAAUCUAUAAAAAACGUUGUUUCUUACUGGAAUCUUGCACUGAUUUUUCACAGAAGAGCAGAAGACAUCGAAAAUGAUGCCCUUUCUCCUGAAGAACAAGAAGAAUGCAAAAAUUAUCUGAGAAAGACCAGGGACUACCUAAUAAAGAUUUUAGAUGACAGUGAUUCCAAUCUUUCAGUGACCAGGAAGUUGCCUGUGCCGCUGGAGUCUGUAAAAGAGAUGCUUAACUCAGUCAUGCAGGAACUUGAUGAUUAUAGUGAAGGAGGCCUGCUUUAUAAAAAUGGUUCUUCUCGAAAUGUAGAUUCAGAAGUAAAACAUUCUACACCAUCUCCCACCAAAUAUUCUUUAUCACCAAGUAAAAGUUACAAGUAUUCUCCCAAAACACCACCUCGAUGGGCAGAAGAUCAGAAUUCUUUAUUGAAAAUGAUCUGCCAGCAAGUAGAGGCCAUUAAGAAAGAAAUGCAGGAGUUGAAACUAAAUAGCAGUAACUCAGGGUCCCCUCAUCGUUGGCCUACAGAGAAUUAUGGACCAGAUUCAGUGCCUGAUGGAUAUCAGGGAUCACAGACUUUUCAUGGGGCUCCACUAACAGUUGCAACUACUGGCCCUUCAGUAUAUUAUAGUCAGUCACCAGCAUAUAAUUCCCAGUAUCUUCUCAGACCAGCAGCUAAUGUUACUCCCACAAAGGGUCCAGUUUAUGGCAUGAAUAGGCUUCCACCUCAACAACACAUAUAUGCCUAUUCCCAACAGAUGCACACACCACCAGUCCAAAGCUCAUCUGCUUGUAUGUUCUCUCAAGAGAUGUAUGGUCCUCCAUUGCGUUUUGAGUCUCCUGCAACAGGAAUUCUAUCACCCAGGGGUGAUGAUUACUUUAAUUACAAUGUUCAACAAACAAGCACAAAUCCACCUUUGCCAGAACCAGGUUAUUUCACAAAACCCCCAGUUGCAGCUCAUGCUUCAAGAUCUGCAGAAUCUAAGGUUAUAGAAUUUGGAAAAACUAAUUUUGUUCAGCCUGUGCCAGGUGAAGGAAUAAGACCAUCUUUGACAGCACCCGCACAUACAACACAGCCAACUCCUUUUAAAUUUAACUCAAAUUUCAAGUCAAAUGAUGGUGACUUUACCUUUUCUUCACCCCAGGUUGUGACACAGCCCCCUUCUACAGCUUACAAUAAUAAUGAAAGUCUUUUAGGUCUCCUAACUUCAGAUAAACCUUUGCAAGGAGACAGCUACAGUGGACCAAAAGCUAGUCAAACCAUUGGACCUCGAAAUACGUUCAAUUUCGGAAGUAAAAAUGUGCCUGGAAUUUCAUUUACUGAAAACAUGGGUCCAAAUCAGCAAAAAAAUUCUGGUUUUCGUCGAAGUGAUGACAUGUUUACUUUCCACGGUCCAGGGAAAUCAGUAUUUGGAACACCUGUGCCAGAGCUGGCCAACAAGAGUCAUGAAACAGAUGGAGGAAGUGCCCAUGGUGAUGAUGAUGAUGAUGGCCCUCACUUUGAGCCUGUGGUACCUCUUCCUGAUAAGAUUGAAGUAAAAACUGGUGAGGAAGAUGAAGAAGAAUUCUUUUGCAACCGUGCAAAAUUAUUUCGUUUUGAUGCAGAAUCCAAAGAAUGGAAGGAACGUGGAAUUGGCAAUGUAAAAAUCCUAAGACAUAAAACAUCUGGUAAAAUUCGCCUUCUAAUGAGACGAGAGCAAGUACUGAAAAUCUGUGCAAAUCAUUACAUCAGUCCAGAUAUGAAACUGACGCCAAAUGCUGGCUCCGACAGAUCUUUUGUGUGGCAUGCUCUUGAUUAUGCAGAUGAGUUGCCCAAGCCAGAACAACUUGCUAUUAGAUUCAAAACUCCUGAGGAAGCAGCACUUUUUAAGUGCAAAUUUGAAGAGGCCCAGAGCAUUUUAAAAGCCUUAGGAGCAAAUGUAGCCUCAACCACAAAUCAGUCUCUGAGAAUUACAAAAGAACCCACAAGUCAUGAUAACAAAGAUAUUUGCAAAUCUGAUGCUGGAAACAUGAAUUUUGAAUUUCAAAUGGCAAAGAAAGAAGGGUCUUGGUGGCAUUGUAAUAGCUGCUCAUUAAAGAAUGCUGCAACUGCUAAGAAAUGUGUGUCAUGCCAGAAUCUAAACCCAAACAGGAAAGAUUUCCUUGGUCCGCCAUUAGUUGAAACUGUUUCUGCUCUUACAACUGGCCCAGAAAAUACUCCAGAUAGAUUUGCACCGAUGACUCCAAAGAAAGAAGGUCACUGGGAUUGUAGCAUUUGCUUAGUAAGAAAUGAACCUACUAUAUCUAGGUGCAUUGCAUGCCAGAAUGCAAAGUCUGCCAACAAAAGUGGAUCUUCAUUUGUUCAGCAAGCUUCCUUUAAAUUUGGCCAAGGAGAUCUUUCAAAGUCUGUUAACAGUGAUUUCAGGUCUGCUUUUUCUACGAAGGAAGGACAGUGGGAUUGCAGUGUGUGCUUUGUACAAAAUGAAGGAAGUUCUACAAAGUGUACUGCUUGUCAGAAUCCAAGAAAACAGAGUUUACCUACGUCUUCUGUUCCAGCAUCUGCUUCUUUUAAGUUUGGAACUUCAGAGACAAGUAAAACCCCGAAGAGUGGAUUUGAGGACAUGUUUGCUAAGAAGGAAGGACAGUGGGAUUGCAAUUUCUGCUUAGUACGAAAUGAAGCAAAUGCUACAGUAUGUGUUGCUUGUCAGAAUCCGGGUAAACCGAGUCAACCCACCUCUGCUGUUCCAACACCUGCCUCUUUUAAGUUUAGUACUUCAGAGACCAGCAAAGCUCCGAAGAGUGGAUUUGAAGGAAUGUUCACCAAGAAGGAAGGACAGUGGGAUUGUAGUGUUUGCUCUGUGCAAAAUGAGAGUUCUUCCUUGAAAUGUGUGGCUUGUAAUUCCUCUAAACCAACUCAUAAACAUAUUGCAGAAGCUCCUUCAGCCUUCACACUGGGCUCAAAGACUAAGUUAAAUGAUUCUUCUGGAAGUCAGGUUGGAACAGGAUUUAAAAGUAAUUUUUCAGAAAAAACUUUUAAAUUUGGUACUACAGAACAAGGAUUUAAAUUUGGGCAUGUAGAUCAAGAAAGUACACCUUCAUUUACAUUUCAGGGUUCUUCUAAUACAGAUCCUAAGUCAACAAAAGAAGGAUUUAGUUUUUCUGUCCCUGUGUCUGCUGAUGGGUUUAAAUUUGGCAUUCAGGAGCCUGGAAAUCAAGAGAAGAAGAAUGAAAAGCCCCUUGAAAAUGACACUGGUGUUCAGGCUCAGGAUAUCAGUAAUCAGAAGAAUGGUAAUGGUGUGAUUUUUGGUCAAACUGGUAGCACAUUUACCUUUGCAGAUCUUGCAAAAUCAACUUCAGGAGAAGGAUUUCAGUUUGGCAAAAAAGAUCCUAACUUCAAGGGAUUUUCAGGUGCGGGAGAAAAAUUAUUCUCAUCACAAAGCAGUAAAAUGGCUGAUAAAGCUGACACUUCUGCUGACCUUGAGAAAGAUGAUGAUGCCUAUAGAACCGAGGACAGUGAUGACAUCCAUUUUGAACCAGUGGUUCAGAUGCCUGAAAAAGUGGAACUUGUAACAGGAGAAGAAGAUGAAAAAGUUCUUUAUUCACAGCGGGUAAAAUUAUUUAGAUUUGAUGCUGAGAUAAGUCAGUGGAAAGAAAGGGGUCUGGGGAACCUAAAAAUUCUCAAGAAUGAAGUCAAUGGCAAGCUGCGAAUGCUAAUGCGAAGAGAGCAGGUACUGAAAGUAUGUGCCAACCAUUGGAUAACAACUACAAUGAACCUGAAGCCUCUCUCUGGGUCUGAUAGAGCAUGGAUGUGGUUAGCGAGUGAUUUUUCUGAUGGUGAUGCCAAACUAGAGCAGCUGGCAGCAAAAUUUAAAACACCAGAGCUGGCUGAAGAAUUCAAGCAGAAAUUUGAGGAAUGCCAGCGACUUCUAUUAGAUAUACCACUUCAAACUCCUCAUAAACUUGUAGACACUGGCAGAGCUGCCAAGUUAAUCCAGAGAGCGGAAGAAAUGAAGAGUGGAUUAAAAGAUUUCAAAACUUUUUUGACAAAUGAUCAAACAAAAGUCACUGAUGGAGAGAAUGAGAGCUCUGAUGGUGGUGCUGCCAGUGCCUCUGAUACAACUAACAAGCCAAACCCCGAAAACACGGGGCCCACACUGGAGUGGGACAACUAUGAUUUAAGGGAAGAUGCUUUGGAUGAUAGUGUGAGUAGUAGUUCAGUACAUGCUUCUCCAUUGGCAAGUAGCCCUGUGAGGAAAAAUCUCUUCCGCUUUGGUGAGUCAACAACAGGAUUUAACUUCAGUUUUAAAUCUGCUUUGAGUCCAUCUAAAUCUCCUGCCAAGUUGAAUCAGAGUGGAACCUCAGUUGGCACUGAUGAAGAAUCUGAUGUUACUCAAGAAGAAGAGAGAGAUGGACAGUACUUUGAACCUGUCGUACCUUUACCUGAUCUAGUGGAAGUGUCCAGUGGUGAGGAAAAUGAACAAGUUGUUUUUAGUCACAGAGCAAAACUCUAUAGGUAUGAUAAAGAUGUUGGUCAGUGGAAAGAAAGAGGCAUUGGUGAUAUAAAGAUUUUACAGAAUUAUGAUAAUAAGCAAGUUCGCAUAGUGAUGAGAAGGGACCAGGUAUUAAAACUUUGUGCCAAUCACAGAAUAACUCCAGACAUGACUUUGCAAAAUAUGAAAGGGACAGAACGAGUGUGGGUGUGGACUGCCUGUGAUUUUGCAGAUGGAGAAAGGAAAGUAGAACAUUUAGCUGUCCGUUUUAAACUACAGGAUGUUGCAGAUUCGUUUAAGAAAAUAUUUGAUGAAGCAAAAAUAGCCCAAGAAAAAGAUUCUUUGAUAACCCCUCAUGUUUCUCGUUCAGCCACUCCCAGAGAGUCACCAUGUGGCAAAAUUGCUGUAGCUGUAUUAGAAGAGACCACAAGAGAGAGGACAGAUUUAAUUCAGGGUGAUGACACAGCAGAUGCAACUUCAGAAGUUGGAGAAGCAUCUAGCACAUCUGAAACAACAACAAAAGCAGUAGUUUCUCCUCCAAAGUUUGUAUUUGGUUCGGAGUCUGUUAAAAGUAUUUUUAGUAGCGAAAAAUCAAAACCAUUUGCAUUUGGCAACAGUUCAGCCACUGGGUCUUUGUUUGGGUUUAGUUUUAAUGCACCUUUGAAAAAUAACAGUAGUGAUGCCAGUUCAGUAGUCCAGAGUGAAUCUGAAAGAAAAGUGGAACCUAAUUGCGAAGAGACGAAGAAUUCAGAUAGCAAACAGUCUUCAGAUGGCAAAGUCAAAAAUCUUUUUGCUGCUUUUCCAAAAGAAGAGUCCUCAACUAAUUACACAUUUAAAACACCAGAAAAAGCAAAAGAGAAGGAAAAGCCUGAAGAUUCUCCCUCAGAGGAUGAUGUUCUCAUUGUGUAUGAGUUAACCCCGACCCCUGAACAAAAAGCUCUUGCAAGCAAACUUAAACUUCCUCCAACUUUCUUCUGCUAUAAGAAUAAACCAGAUUAUAUUAGUGAAGAAGAAGAGGAUGAUGAAGAUUUUGAAACAGCUGUCAAGAAACUUAAUGGAAAAUUAUAUCUGGAUGACUCAGAAAAAUGUAGACCAUUAGAAGAAAAGCUAGCAGAUAAUGAAAAAGAAUGUGUUAUUAUUUGGGAAAAGAAACCAACAGUUGAAGAGAAGGCAAAAGCAGAUACAUUAAAGCUUCCACCUACAUUUUUUUGUGGAGUCUGCAGUGAUACUGAUGAGGACAAUGGAAAUGGGGAAGACUUUCAAUCAGAGUUACAAAAAGUUCAGGACUCUCAAAAAUCCCAAAAUGAGGAAAUAAGUAGCCUGGCAGACAGUGUGUAUAUUGGUGGGACUAAAGUGACUGUACCAUUUUUAUGUAAAUCUGAAGAACCUGAUUUUAUUACCGAAUCUAUUAGUUCACCACCAAUUUCUUCUGGAACUGUGGACAAACCUGUAGAUUUGUCUACUAGAAAGGAAAACGAUGCAGAUUCUACAAGCCAAGUGGAAAGCAAAACAGUUUCAUUUGGAUUUGGAAGUACCACAGGGCUGUCAUUUGCAGACUUGGCUUCCAGUAAUUCUGGGGAUUUUGCUUUUGGUUCUAAAGAUAAAAAUUUCCAGUGGGCAAAUACUGGAGCAGCUGUGUUCGGAACACAGUCAACCAGUAAAGUUGGUGAAGAUGAAGAUGGUAGUGAUGAAGAAGUAGUUCACAAUGAAGAUAUCCAUUUUGAACCAAUAGUGUCAUUACCAGAGGUAGAAGUAAAAUCUGGAGAAGAAGAUGAAGAAAUUUUAUUUAAAGAGAGAGCCAAACUUUAUAGAUGGGAUCGAGAUGUUAGUCAGUGGAAGGAGCGAGGUGUUGGAGAUAUAAAGAUACUGUGGCAUACAAUGAAGAAUUACUAUCGGAUCCUAAUGAGAAGAGACCAGGUUUUUAAAGUGUGUGCAAACCAUGUUAUCACCAAAACAAUGGAAUUAAAACCCUUGAAUGUUUCAAACAAUGCUUUAGUUUGGACUGCCUCAGAUUAUGCUGAUGGAGAAGCCAAAGUGGAGCAGCUUGCAGUGAGAUUUAAAACUAAAGAAAUGGCUGAGUCUUUUAAGAAAAAAUUUGAAGAAUGUCAACAGAAUUUAUUGAAACUCCAGAAAGGACAAGUAUCACUGACAGCAGAGUUAUCGAAGGAGACAAAUCCUGUGGUGUUUUUUGAUGUUUGUGCAGAUGAUGAACCCCUUGGACGUAUAACCAUGGAGUUAUUUUCAAACAUUGUUCCUCAUACUGCCGAGAACUUCAGAGCACUCUGCACUGGAGAGAAAGGCUUUGGCUUCAAAAACUCCAUUUUUCACAGAGUAAUUCCAGAUUUUGUUUGCCAAGGGGGAGAUAUCACCAAACAUGAUGGUACAGGAGGACGGUCCAUCUAUGGAGAUAAAUUUGAAGAUGAAAAUUUUGAUGUCAAACAUACUGGGCCUGGCUUACUAUCAAUGGCCAAUCGAGGCCAGAACACCAAUAAUUCUCAAUUUUAUAUAACACUGAAAAAAGCAGAACAUUUGGACUUCAAGCAUGUAGUAUUUGGGUUUGUUAAGGAUGGCAUGGAUACUGUGAAAAAGAUCGAAUCAUUUGGCUCUCCUAAAGGGUCUGUUAGUCGAAGAAUUAGUAUCACAGAAUGUGGACAGAUAUAAAAUCAUUGUUUUUCAUAGUAAGUUUUACCUGUAUAAACAGUUGAAUUGAAGCUUAGCUGUUAUGACAAUAUGGUAAUUAUGUUCAGCUUUUGAAAAUGGACGUUUCCAAUGUACAAAUGUAAAAUUGCAGCUUAUAGCUGUUGUCACUUUUUAAUGUGUUAUAAUUGACCUUGCAUGGUGUGAAAUAAAAGUUUAAACACUGGUGUAAAUCAGGUGUACUUGUGUUUAUGUACUCCUGACAUAUCUGUAUUAAAAUGGAAUAAUAUUAAUCUUGUUAAAAGCAAUAGACCUUCUCAAACUAUUGAAGGAUUAUGAUAUAUGCAAUUUAAUUUUACCUUUUAAGAUAUUGGACUUCCUGCAUGGAUAAACUUACCAUUCGAAUAAGGGACCACAACUUGGAUAAUUUUUAUUUUAGAUUUGAAAUAUAUUUGGUAAUUUUAACUGUUGGUGUGCUCAUUUAUGCAUUGAGGCUCACUUUUGACUGGGUAAAGCCACAGAGGGUAGAGACUUAACCAAAGUGCUCUUCUAUAAUCCUUGCACCUCCUGUAUAGUUAAAUUAACUUUUAAGUAGAGUACCUUCUUUUCUUAAAAUGAUAUGUAGUUUCCUGUGCCCUUUCAAAGGUAUUAAAUUAAUUUUUACAUUUUAAA